AUGGGUUUCGAUAUAAACGCCUGCAAUAACAUUCCGCAAUCCAGCACAAGCAGUUGCAUGGAUUGUUUUUCUAACGGAUGUUAUAGUAAAAUACACAAUUUUUACCACAUUAAUUUCCAAAAUUGCCAAUGUCAUCCGUGUUGUGUAAGUUCUAUGAUAAAUGAUCACACCUACUCACUGCUCAAAAAAAUUUGCCGAAAAGUUAUAAAAGAUUAUCAGCGAAAAGAGAGUCGAGAAAGAUAUACAAUAUUUGAUGGUGGAAACAGCAUCAAUGUCAGAAUACAUCGAUCAUCAAUUGGUGAAGAUGGCUUGAAUCAAAAUGAGAUCAAACGAAUAUCACAUAGAAAUGGAAAGGGUCGCAAUAAAAGCCCAGAAUAUUACGAUGAAACCGACAAAGGCAAAGGAAAAUAUCGUAAAUCUUACUCAAAUGACUUCGGGGAUGAGGGGAUAAAACUUAGUAAAAGAAAAAAUGCGAAAAAAGAAAAAAAUGGUAAUGAAGAUGAUAAGCCGAAAAGAAGCCAAGCGAAAGGAAAGGUUGAAGAAAAUCGCGAUGACAAUGACAACAAAAAUCGGGGAAGAAAAGGCAGGCAUAUGAAAGAAGAUGAACGCAGCAAAAUUGAAGGGCACGUAAGUGAAAAGCAAGACAAACGGAUCGCGGGAGAGAGAAAAGAAGGCGAGAUUGGAAAACGAGUUCAGGGUAAGAUAGGUAUGAGCCAUGGCGCUGAUGGUGAAAAUCCUUACGUUGAGGCAUCACAAGCCAAAGACAAGGGCAAAAAGCCUGAAGGUGCUUCUAAGGAAAGAAGCUAUGAUAAAAGUGGUAUAGAAAAAGGUAAGAAAUUAGACGAGAUUGGUGACUACGACAAAAGUAAAUUAUAUUCUAAGUCAGGCAAGAAAACGCCGGAAAAACCAGGAAAAUCGGACAAAAUUAAAACAAAUAACGAAGAACAUGAAGAACUUGAAACCGGGACUCAAACGAAACGGGGAAAUGUAUUGAAAAAAGGCAGUCCUGAAGAUGGAACCAGCAACGUUAACGACAAUGUUAAAUCAGUUGUAGGUGCUAAACCAGGUAGUCGAAAGAUGGAUGCCAAUGGCAAAGCGGACAGGAAAGACCAAACGCAGAUAGAGCGGAAUUCCCGAUUUAAAGAUAAUCACGUCAUAGGUGGUAAUGACGGUAAGGGCAGUCAUAAAGGUCGUCGAGGUCUAGACAGUCAGGCCGAUGCCACCACCACCACUAAAAACGCGUCUAGCAAAAAGGGUUUGCCUGUAAUAACAAACCUACGGGCAAAAGUACGCAAAGGUUAUGAUAUUAUGCCGAGUGGAAAGAAGUCAAUGGGAAAAGAAACUAAUCGUUCAAGUGAAUAUCAAGAGUUUGGAAUAAAAGCAAGGCUUGGUCAAAGGACAACAAACAAAACGCGAAAGCAAAGACUAUCGAAGAGUAGCAAAGAUCACAUUAAUGAACGAUAUGGUUCUAAAAGAAAUCGUAUGUCUCGAAGCUCCCGUAGUUUUGGUGGCUACCGAACUCGGCUUCCAAGUCGUUACGAUGAAAUACGAAUAUGUGAUGUACUUCGUGCUCAUAUGGAGCAACGUGAACUUUGCCGCUCGCCGCUUUGCCGCUCAUUGCGUGGCCUCGGCCUUACAAUGAACUACUGCCUUAAACCUACUCCCAACUUCAAUCUCAAUCUAAGUCUUAGCAGCAAUAUUGACUUCAAACUUAAUCUUGGUCUUAAUAUUAAUCUUAGUCUUAAUCAUAAUCGUAAUCGCAAUCUUAAUUUUAAUAUUUAUCUUUCUCUUAAGCUUAGUGUUAAUCUUAAUCUCUAUCUUACUCUCAAUCUCAACCCCAAUCAUAACUUCAAUCUUAAUAUUUAUCUUAGACUUAAUCUCGAUCAUAAUCUUAAUUCUGCUCCAACACCCCCACCAUCUUCUCCUUUUUUCUGUCCCUUGUUCAUGCCACUGUAA